UCUAAGGGUAUAUGAAAGGGAUUAAGAAACUUUUCACAUACGGUAAAAGGGUUUAGUCUACGUUGCACUUUCAUAAACCCUUAAAGGGUUUAUUAUUCUACCCUUUUUUUUUACAGUGUAGACUUCUCGCAUAUUCUCAUUCAUGAUUAGAAAAUGCUGCCAUGAUGUCAAGGACUCUUUUUUGUUCGGAGACCUUCAAAAAUAUCUCGACGAACAUAGUGCUUUUUUCACAAAAUCAUUGCCUGUGGCAUUUUUAUUAAGAAGAAAAACUAAUGCUAUGCUAUUUUCUCUCUCUCUCGUAAACUAAUUUCAAGCUACGCAAUACGACUAAUAUCUUGUGUUUUUUCUAUAUUGCUAUCUAUAUAAAAUCAUGAAUCAGGAUCAACAUGUAUCAUAGUUUAUCUACGUGAUAAUAUGGGUGAGAAAUCGAGCUGAAACUGACAAAAUAAAGUAGACAAUUUUGAAGCAGAAAGUAAAGAAUGAAAAAAAACGCGAAGAAAAUGAUUCAGGACAAAGGAGAAAAAAAGAGUAGAUUUAAUGAAGAAAUGAAAGAACCGUCGAAAAAUAGAAGACAGAUGAAAAGCAAAUCAAUAGAUGCGUGGCAGUUUAAUCAACAAACUCGGGUAAUAAUAAUCGACCGAAGUGAACGCCGAAAGUGAUAAAAUGAAUUCCGGGUAUUAGAUGGAAUUGAUAGGCAGUGAUUCCGGGAAUUUCGGAAUUGUGUUGGAAGUGAUAAACGGAACUGUCGGAACUGAUUCCGGACUGUUCAACAUUGUGGAAUGGGAUGCAUUCUCGAUACAAGGACAGCAGAACAGCCUUGUCCUGCGCACAUCUCUGAUUCACACCCACACCCACACCCAAGAAUACAAGUAGAUGAGACGAAAGCACAACGAUAGAGAAAAAACAACACAUGAUCCUUUGAAACUUUUAUGGACUAAUUGUUGUGUUUGAUUUCGUAAGUAAUAAUUUACAGAUAGGAUUUUACAGAAGUACCUACUAUCACGAGGAGAACUACACCUACCGCCACAUUCUGCUACUUUCAACAUUACGGCGGCACUCAAAUCGUUCGCUUCAUAAAUUUCGCUCUCUGUCUUGGGUGACCGGGCAGAUCGUCGCGAGACAAAACGUCGCGGACAAUUCGUUGCGGACAAAACGUUGCACGGAUAAAUCGUCCCAUGGGCAAAAUGUUGCAAUAUUGCAUAUUGUUGAAAAUGUUUAUUCAGAGUAUGAAUUCAAAUUUUGUAAUGUAAAUCAAUGAAAAUAAUAUAACGAAUUAAUUGAAAAAAAUGAAUUAUAAAAUAAAACUAAAAUCGCUAUCAAUCUAGAGAUUUAAAUAUCAAUCGCAUUUACAAAGAUGAAACAGAAUUUUUUUCUAAUUUUUUGAAUACGUCAUAUUGAUUAGCACUUCAUUUUUGAUCAGUAUAUAUAUUGUAACGAUUUGACCAUGCGACGUUUUGUCCGUAAUGAAUUGUCCGCGACGAUUUGUCUCGCGACAAUCUGUCAUAGCGGCCCUGUCUUGGUAAAAAAAACAUAAAUUCUUUUUUCUCGGAAGUAGCGAAAAUAAUUCACUGACUAUGAAAUUGGAAGAAGAAUGAGCAAAUUAAAACAGAAUAAAUAGUGUAUGGCGCAUUCAUUUUCGACAGUUUCAUUGUAAAUAUAGAUUUCAUACCGUAUAAUACAGAAGUUUGACUUUUUAACAAUGGUGAGUGAUCAACAAGACAAAACAUUAAACCAAGUUAUUCCACCUUAUGCUGGUGCUCCACCAUAUGAAGGAGAUACGGUAAAUUACAAUAACACAGCCGCAACAACUACAACGACAUCAACAUAA